AUGGGGGCCCUGGAAGCCCAGCCGGGUCUCGGCCCUCCCCUGGCCGCCUUCCGCGCUGGCCCCGGUGCUGCGCACUGUUCUCCACGGCAGGUGUGCGGGCGGCCGGCCCCGGCGUCUCUGCCCGUGGCCCGAGCCCAGGCCUGGGCUCCGCUGGCACCUGAGCCCGAUGUCAAGUGGACAGGCGUCCAGCGAGGGCUGUGGGUGUGCCUGUUGGUGCCUGGAGCUCCAGAGGGGCCGCCGCCGUUGUGCAAGGGGGUGACCGUGCUGCCUCAGCCAGCAGAUCUCCUGAAGGUUCUAGAUUUCCACAACUUGCCUGAUGGAAUAACAAAGACAACAGGUUUUUGUGCAACACGGAGAUCGUCCAAAGGCCCAGAUGUCGCUUACAGAGUCACCAAAGAUGCCCAGCUCAGUGCACCUACCAAGCAGCUGUACCCUGCGUCUUCAUUUCCUGAGGAUUUCUCCAUCCUAACCACUGUGAAAGCCAAGAAAGGCAGCCAGGCCUUCCUGGUCUCCAUCUACAACGAGCAGGGCAUCCAGCAGAUCGGCCUGGAAAUGGGCCGCUCUCCGGUCUUCCUCUAUGAGGACCACACGGGGAAACCGGGGCCCGAGGACUACCCCCUCUUUAGGGGCAUCAACCUGUCGGAUGGCAAUUCCGCGCCGGGCGAUGUGGUCCCGCCGCCGCUGCUGUUCAGAGAGGCCACGGUGCUCCACGCUCCCAGCGGCCCCCAGGUCCGGCGCUGCUCCCCCCGCAGAGCGAACUGUGGCCGGGCACCUUAUACGCCUGAGCUCAGGGCCGUCCUGCUGGCCAUGCCCGUGGGGCCCCGAGGGGUGGACACUAUGGGCAGUGGGGGCCUCUGUUCCAGGCCCCCCAACAUCUCCCACCAGCAGCCGCCAGGAAAGGGCGACAUCCAGCAGCUGCUCUUCGUCUCGGACCACCGGGCGGCUUACGAUUACUGUGAGCACUACAGCCCUGACUGUGACACCGCGGUCCCCGACACCCCCCAGUCACAGGAUCCCAACCCGGAUGAAUAUUACCCGGAGGGAGAGGGGGAAGGUGAUGCCUACUACUAUGAGUACCCCUACUACGAGGACCCGGAGGACCCGGGCAAGGAGCCCGCCCCCACCAACAAGCCCGUGGAAGCUGCUAGAGAGACCACAGAGAUUGCCGAGGAGCAGACCCCGACCCCCACGGCAGCCCCCCCAGCGCCUGACACCAGCGAGGGGGCGGGGAAGGAGGAGGGCCCCGGCCUCGGGGACUAUGACUACAUGACCAGCGAGGACUACUACACGCCCGCCCCUUACGAGGACCUGAGCUACAGCGAGGGCUUCGAGAACCCCGACCUGCCGCCCGACCACGGCGCUGGGCCCGAGGUGCCCGCCAGCACCACCAGCACCGCCAACGCCUCCAACCCUGCUCCGCCUCCGGAAGACGACUUGGAAGGCGAGUUUACGGAAGAAACCAUCAGGAACCUGGACGAGACCUACUACGACCCCUACUAUGACCCCACGGUCUCGCCGUCGGAGAUCGGGCCUGGCAUGCCCGCCAACCAGGACACCAUCUACGAAGGGAUCGAAGGACCCCGAGGAGAGAAGGGUCAGAAGGGCGAGCCCGCCAUCAUCGAGCCUGGCAUGCUCAUGGAGGGGCCGCCGGGCCCCGAAGGCCCCGCAGGUCUCCCAGGACCGCCGGGAACGAUGGGACCCACUGGCCAAGUGGGUGACCCUGGAGAAAGGGGUCCCCCUGGACGCCCAGGCCUUCCAGGGGCCGACGGGCUGCCCGGCCCUCCUGGGACCAUGCUCAUGCUGCCCUUCCGCUUCGGAGGGGGCGGUGACGCCGGCUCCAAGGGUCCCAUGGUGUCGGCCCAGGAGUCCCAGGCCCAGGCCAUCCUGCAGCAGGCCCGGCUGGCGCUGAGGGGCCCGGCCGGCCCGAUGGGUCUUACUGGGAGGCCCGGCCCCAUGGGCCCUCCAGGGAGCGGAGGUCUGAAGGGCGAGCCGGGAGACAUGGGGCCUCAGGGUCCCCGAGGAGUGCAGGGUCCACCCGGCCCGGCCGGAAAGCCUGGCAGAAGGGGCCGCGCUGGGAGUGACGGGGCACGAGGGAUGCCCGGACAGACCGGCCCGAAGGGUGACCGCGGCUUUGACGGCCUGGCGGGGCUGCCGGGGGAGAAGGGCCACCGGGGUGACCCCGGUCCUUCCGGCCCGCCGGGACCUCCUGGAGAUGAUGGAGAACGGGGUGACGAUGGAGAAGUCGGGCCCAGAGGGCUGCCCGGGGAGCCCGGGCCGCGUGGUCUCUUGGGGCCGAAGGGGCCUCCGGGCCCUCCUGGACCUCCGGGUGUGACCGGUAUGGACGGCCAGCCAGGCCCGAAAGGAAACGUGGGCCCCCAGGGAGAGCCCGGGCCCCCGGGGCAGCAGGGUAAUCCAGGUGCCCAGGGUCUUCCAGGUCCCCAGGGCGCAAUCGGUCCUCCAGGAGAAAAGGGUCCCCUGGGUAAACCAGGCCUGCCAGGAAUGCCCGGUGCUGACGGACCCCCGGGGCACCCUGGCAAAGAAGGUCCUCCAGGAGAAAAAGGCGGCCAGGGUCCUCCUGGCCCCCAGGGCCCAAUCGGCUAUCCGGGUCCUCGAGGAGUCAAGGGGGCCGACGGCAUCCGCGGUCUGAAGGGCACCAAGGGCGAGAAGCCGGGGUCCGAUCAGGACCUGGACGCGGAGGCGGAGGGCGAGCCAGGAGCCCUGCACAAAGCCCUGCGCAUCCGGGCCGCGGUCCACCCUGUAUGUCUUGUGGUCCGUUCCUGCUUCGAGGACCAGGGCCGCGUCUGCGCACAGGCUACCCUGAUCUCCUGGGGCAAGCAGCAGUUCCGGGCUCCGGUGCCGGCCACGGUCUCCUCGCCCGGGUGCGGGGAGACUCACUGGAGAAGUGGGAGUGUGCAGCUGGAGAAGGCUUUCCACGUCUGCGCAGAGGGGCGGCGAGGCCGCUCAGCAGAGCCCACAGCUUGCUGUAUGGCGCUCUGCGGUGGGGAGAUCGGCCCCCCUGGUCCCAGAGGAGAAGAUGGCCCCGAAGGCCCGAAGGGGCGUGGAGGCCCGAACGGCGACCCAGGCCCUCUGGGACCCCCUGGGGAGAAGGGAAAACUCGGAGUGCCGGGAUUACCAGGCUACCCGGGAAGGCAAGGGCCCAAGGUAACGUCUGAGCGUGUCGGGCGCUGGGACACCGGCGUCCCCGGGGAGGCCCCUGGGGGAAACCCAGUGCGGCCCUACGUGCCCCCCCCAAGCCCUGCCCUGUCCACAGCCUGGCGCGGCGCCAGCCCCGGCUCGCGGGCGUGGGGUGCGGUAGGGAAGACGCGCCGCUCACGCACUGCAGACGCCAAGUCGCCGGCCGGCCCGGCGUCCACGCUGGCGAGAGCCAACGGCGUGAAGAAAGCAGAUGUUUCGUUAAUGUGCGGCACACCUGGCAAGCCGGGACCGCGGGGGCAGCGAGGCCCGACGGGUCCCAGGGGUGAGCGAGGCCCCCGGGGCAUCACUGGGAAGCCUGGCCCCAAGGGCAACUCUGGCGGCGAUGGCCCAGCCGGCCCUCCGGGUGAACGGGGACCCAAUGGACCCCAAGGACCCACCGGUUUCCCUGGACCCAAGGGCCCCCCGGGCCCUCCGGGCAAGGACGGGCUCCCAGGACACCCUGGACAGAGAGGAGAGACCGGUUUCCAAGGCAAGACUGGCCCCCCAGGGCCGCCAGGUGUCGUGGGCCCUCAGGGCCCCACGGGAGAAACGGGCCCAAUGGGCGAGCGCGGCCACCCUGGGCCCCCAGGCCCCCCCGGUGAACAGGGGCUCCCCGGCCUUGCUGGGAAAGAAGGGACGAAGGGCGACCCGGGCCCCGCCGGCCUCCCCGGGAAAGACGGCCCUCCUGGAUUACGUGGCUUCCCUGGGGAUCGAGGGCUUCCCGGCCCGGUGGGUGCGCUCGGACUGAAAGGCAGCGAAGGCCCCCCCGGCCCGCCCGGCCCCGCGGGAUCCCCGGGGGAGAGAGGUCCGGCUGGUGCUGCUGGGCCCAUCGGGAUCCCAGGGAGACCCGGGCCCCAAGGACCUCCAGGGCCAGCUGGGGAGAAAGGAGCUCCUGGUGAGAAAGGUCCCCAAGGCCCUGCUGGCCGAGACGGCCUCCAGGGUCCCGUGGGGCUCCCCGGUCCCGCCGGCCCCGUGGGUCCCCCCGGAGAAGAUGGAGACAAGGGAGAGAUCGGAGAGCCUGGUCAGAAGGGGAGCAAGGGGGACAAAGGCGAGCAGGGUCCGCCUGGGCCCACCGGUCCCCAGGGCCCCAUCGGACAGCCAGGCCCCUCCGGAGCCGACGGCGAGCCCGGCCCCCGCGGCCAGCAGGGCCUUUUCGGGCAGAAAGGUGACGAAGGUCCCAGAGGUUUUCCUGGGCCCCCCGGGCCAGUGGGGCUGCAGGGUCUGCCGGGACCUCCCGGAGAGAAGGGCGAGACUGGGGACGUGGGUCAGAUGGGCCCCCCAGGUCCCCCCGGCCCCCGAGGACCUUCCGGAGCUCCAGGCGCUGACGGACCACAAGGGCCUCCAGGUGGAACAGGCAAUCCCGGCGCGGUUGGAGAGAAGGGGGAGCCUGGCGAAGCUGGAGAGCCUGGCCUGCCUGGAGAGGGGGGCCCUCCGGGACCCAAAGGAGAAAGGGGCGAGAAGGGCGAGUCGGGGCCUUCCGGUGCAGCUGGACCCCCUGGACCCAAAGGCCCUCCUGGAGACGACGGUCCCAAAGGCAGCCCCGGCCCUGUGGGCUUUCCUGGAGAUCCUGGCCCCCCUGGAGAGCCUGGGCCCGCGGGUCAAGACGGCCCCCCUGGUGACAAAGGGGACGACGGUGAGGCUGGGCAGACGGGCUCCCCAGGCCCUACUGGUGAACCGGGACCGUCUGGGCCUCCAGGAAAACGGGGCCCCCCCGGGCCCGCAGGCCCCGAAGGCAGACAGGGAGAGAAGGGAGCGAAGGGGGAAGCCGGCUUGGAAGGCCCUCCUGGGAAGACUGGCCCCAUCGGCCCCCAGGGGGCCCCUGGGAAGCCCGGGCCCGAUGGCCUGCGAGGGAUCCCUGGCCCUGUGGGUGAGCAAGGUCUCCCGGGCGCCCCGGGCCCCGACGGCCCCCCCGGCCCCAUGGGCCCCCCAGGACUCCCCGGCCUCAAAGGAGAUUCUGGCCCCAAGGGGGAAAAGGGCCAUCCAGGCUUGAUCGGACUCAUCGGACCUCCGGGCGAACAGGGUGAAAAGGGUGACCGCGGCCUCCCUGGGCCCCAGGGCUCCUCUGGCCCUAAGGGAGAGCAGGGCAUUACUGGUCCUUCUGGCCCGAUCGGCCCUCCGGGCCCUCCCGGCCUGCCGGGUCCCCCUGGGCCAAAAGGUGCUAAGGGCUCCUCGGGUCCCACUGGCCCAAAGGGUGAGGCAGGCCACCCAGGACCCCCCGGCCCGCCGGGUCCCCCCGGCGAGGUCAUCCAGCCCCUGCCGAUCCAGGCGUCCAGGACCCGGCGGAACAUCGACGCCAGCCAGCUGCUGGACGACGGCGCCGGCGAGAACUACGCAGACUACGUGGACGGCAUGGAGGAGAUCUUCGGCUCGCUCAACUCCCUGAAGCUGGAGAUCGAGCAGAUGAAGCGGCCCCUGGGCACGCAGCAGAACCCGGCGCGCACCUGCAAGGACCUGCAGCUGUGCCACCCCGACUUCCCAGACGGUGAAUACUGGGUGGAUCCCAACCAAGGCUGCUCCAGGGACUCCUUCAAGGUUUACUGCAACUUCACGGCCGGAGGCGCCACGUGCGUCUUCCCCGACAAGAAGUCCGAGGGGAGUAAAAUGGCCCGCUGGCCCAAAGAGCAGCCUUCUACCUGGUAUAGUCAGUACAAGCGAGGGUCCCUGCUCUCCUACGUGGACGCCGAGGGCAACCCCGUGGGCGUGGUCCAGAUGACCUUCCUGCGCCUGCUGAGCGCCUCCGCCAACCAGAACAUCACCUACACCUGCUUCCAGUCGGUGGCCUGGCAGGACGCCGCCACGGGCAGCUACGACAAGGCCAUGCGCUUCCUGGGCUCCAACGACGAGGAGAUGUCCUACGACAACAGCCCCUACAUCCGCGCCCUGGUGGACGGCUGCGCCACGAAGAAGGGGUAUCAGAAGACGGUUCUGGAGAUCGACACUCCCAAGGUGGAGCAGGUGCCCAUCGUGGACAUCAUGUUCAAUGAUUUCGGUGAAGCGUCCCAGAAAUUUGGAUUUGAAGUGGGGCCGGCUUGCUUCCUGGGCUAGGAGCCGCGAGCCCGACCCCGAGAGCAACCUCGUGACCUCAGCGCGCCGUCUGCGGGCGUCCUGGACAGUGAAGGCCCCUCGCCCCUCCCCCGACCUCGUCUGCGCGGCCCCGACCCCACGCCCACAGAGAGCGAAGGGACAGGGCCGAGUCCCCUACCCCGGAGCCGAAUCACAUGACCUAGACGGCCCGCCGCCACCGGGCCCCCACUUUCUCAGCCCCCUCCCGUCGCCACCCCAUGCCACAGGGCCGGGAUGGGGGCCACACUUCUUGCCACAGAGCUGGCCGACCCAUCACCUGCAGGGAGAGGUCGCUGGGCAGGGCGGGGGGCGGGGAGGGGCUGCAGUAUUCGGAGAUCACUUUUUUUUUAAAAAGUCAACUUGAAGAUGUGUGUUUUCCCUGACCUGCAAGCCUUGUAAAGGCCGUCCCCGCCCUGCCAAAGCCUCUUUUUUUACUACACGAUCCGUUCACGGGCCAGAUGUCAUUCCGCAUGUGCCUUUCCGAUGGAUUCAAGGUGCUUUCAUUUUUGUGAGUUUUAAGUAAAUAUUUGUAUUGUAUUGUCAUAAAUGUGCAGUGUCCCUGACUUUCAAUCAUGCACGGAACCCCAGCUUCGGCCCCCCCCGGAGAGUGGGGACGAGGGGUGGGCGGUCCGUUCUGGGGAGAAGCCAAGUGCUCCCCCUCCCACCCCCCGGGCCUAGAAGGUACCACGAAGCGGAGGUAGGCUAUUCGCCAGCAGCCGCCGCGCCCCUCUGCAAUUUUUGGAUGAGCCCUGCAGGUUUUUCUUUAAUGGGGAGGAAGGAAAAAAAAGAACUUUAUGCUUUGCCUUUCUUUCAUGCACUUAGAUUUAAACGCAGGCAUAAAUUAAUUUUAAUUGCUUCCUUUCUCCAGGCUGCUUCCCGCAGAGCCUAACGGGAGAGAACGAGGUGGGGGGAGGGCCCACAGCCUCCGUAGCCGGCCCUCACGUGAUAAUUGGUGCUCACUUCUACCCUUUGUCGUUUGUGGUGCUAUCUGUUCUAAGGUCUCCUCGAAAGGCGAGGGGGGAGGGGGUGCCCGGCGCGCCUCACCCUCCCACCUUUCGUGGACCCCGUGGUCGCCUCCACGGUGCGGGUCUCUGCCAAGGACAUUAAGGUGGGCGCACGCCGCCUUCCUUCCCGUGGGGCCCACGCGCCUCUGCGCCCCCAGAUCGCGGCGAGGCCCGUCUCCGGUACCGGCCUGUGCUUCUGUGAUUUGAACACACACACACACACACACAAGCUGCUCCCCGCACCGUCCGUGGUGUGACCACAGCAGGUUGUGUCUGGUUGCCGAACGUUUGGUGCUAAUUUCCGUGUUCGUGCUAAGAACUCAAUUGAAGCUACGUGCGGGCCUCGGCGGCGGGCAGGCGGGCGGCAGGCUCGGCCGGUCUCCGCAGGGCGGCCGCGGGGCCUCCUCCCCACACGGGCGAUUUGGAUUUCCAUCUGCAAGCUUCCCGGGCGCAGGUCCCGGCCGCACCGGAGCUCAGGGCCGGCAGGGCUCCGUCUGGGUCCGGUUCCUCCUCCUCCACGAGCGAGGGCCCGGGGCUGCCUUCUGUGGGCGGAGGACCCGAGGGACCGGCGAGGACCGGCUGUCCCUUUACUGUGAAAAGCCGGCCAUGCCCUUUCCUUCCGUGGUGGGAGGGGCAGGUGGGGCCCCGGGCCCUGCUCAGCCCCCUCGGGGGGGAGAUGUGACGGGUCCGGGGCUGUCCCCUGCUCACCCCGCCCGCCCGGGAUACCACAGCAGAGACCCCACCCAGGCGACACGAAAUCACCCACUAGGAUUUCCCAAACUCCUAUGGAAACGGAGUCUUGCUGUUGCCAAAGAAAAGCCUGGCCUCGGGGUUCUUGCACGCCUAGGAAGCCGGCCCGCGCCCAUGACUGUCACGUCCGACUCUUCCCCAGCAGGGCCCUCCGGGAGGACUGCCGCGGCGCCCGUGGGUGUGGUCUAGGUCAUGUGAUUCCGGUCUGAUCCGCGCCCCUCCCGCGUCCUCCCCCUCUGUCCACCCCGUCUCCGUGGUCCCUUCGAAGCUGUCGUCAUCUGUACUGAAGUCAAGUGUGCCCCCUUCUCCGCGGACCCCUCGCUGCGGAAUAUUGCAAUAAAAAAUACUUCUUAUAUUUGCAGAAA